AUGUUGUUUCUCUGGUCGAGGGAGCCAACCCCGGAUCCCAGAGCCGGUCCAUGGUUCGCCUGGUUUGCGACGGCUGUUCUGUUGUGGCGUUGUCGACGUCGCAUCACCAGAGCGAUUUUGGGCAUCUCGCCGCUGAGGUUGCUAAAGAGACGCGCCGCCGGUCUAGCAAUCAAUCAAAAGAUGAUGCUGAAGCAGCAGAAGAGACACAGCCUGGCCCAGCUAAACAAGCAUAAGGCUGCCGGGAUGCGGCGAGCAAAGCGAUUGUGCACCGGCGACGGUCCGCACGUGUCCGGCAGUAUGUCCAUGAUACAAGCUGGACCACAGAUCCACUACAGAGUCACCAGGAGCGGCAGAAUUUACGGCAAAUACCCGAAUAAGACCGCCAUUCCAAACGGCAGCAUCGAAGAAGGCCAUUGACGUCAUGUUAAAAUUGUCAAACUCUCAGCUACUGUCUUUGUCCC